AUGUUUUGGAAGGAUGAAAACGUUUUUAAAAAUAAGCAUUCAGUAGGAAACAAUCCACUCUUUGGUGGUAAAGAAAAGCCUGCUUAGUCAGAUUGUAGAUUUAUCCCAAGUAGAAGAGGAACUAACACAUCUUACAAUUAAUAUUUACUCAAAGAGAAUAUCAACACAUAAAACAUCAUAAAUUAAAACGGUUCAUGCAUUUCCUAAAACUUUGAAACAUCUUCUCAAACUUCAUCAACAACAGCUACUACUCAAAGCAGCUUUUUCCACUUCGGUACCUCAGGAUCAGGCAAUAUUUUCAAUCAACAAUAAAGCUAACAACAAUCAGGAGUAAUCAAUUCUGAUGAAUAAACUACUAACAGCAAUUAGUCUAUGAUUCAUAAUGCUAGUUCAUCCUCUUCCACUUAAACUUCAGGUAUAAAUAGCAGUAAUCUGAAUAUUAGUUACUGCAAUAGCAGCGUAAACUCAUACCAGAAGCUGAUGGAAGACUGCCUCUUUUAGCAGGAAAAGAAAAAUCAAAAAAAAAGAGUGUUAAAUUUUAGAAGUGAAUCAGACAUGCCAAUUCCUUUGGACAAGUGCAUUAGUAAGACUUUUGAGUAAGCAAAUCAACAAUUCAUGGAAACAAAUAAAAUAAUGAGAUAUAUUUCUCCUAUGCCAGAAAGAAUACUUGAUGCACCUUAACUUAGCGAUGAUUACUACCUUAAUUUAAUGGAUUGGGGAGACAGUGGUACUGACAAUAAAGGCACUUUAGCAAUAUGUCUUGGAAGCGAAGUUUAUUUAUGGGAUGAAUAUGAAAUCAUAAACCUUUUUAAGGCUAAUUAAAAUAUUUAGGCUACUAGUGUCAGCUGGAUGAAUUUAAAAAAGAAAAAUUGCUUGGCCGUUGGCUUCUCUGAUAAUACAAUAUAGCUUUGGGAUACUGAAAAGUGCAUUCCAUACAGAAUUCUCAAAGGUCAUACCGGUAGAGUAUCUUCACUAUCCUGGAAUAAUUACAUAUUGUCAAGUGGAAGCAGAGACACUUAAAUAAUUAAUCACGACAUUCGUUAAAAAAAUAAUAUAAUAAAGCGCUUUUAAGGCCAUGAAUAGGAGGUAUGUGGAUUAAAGUGGUCUCCCGAUGGUACUCAGCUAGCUUCAGGAGGUAACGAUAAUACACUCAGAAUUUGGGAUAUUAAUUAUGCUUAAAAUAAUAUCAACAACAAUAACACCUCUAGUUCAAGUAGUUAGAGUGCUUCUCCAAGUUAUCAGCGUGCCUGUUUUUAUAAUCACAAAGCAGCUGUAAAGGCUCUAGCAUGGUGUCCUUGGUAAAAAAAUCUUUUAGCAAGUGGAGGGGGAACCUAGGAUAAAACAAUUAAGUUCUGGAAUACUGAUAAAAUGGAAUUAGUCAAUUCAAUCAACUGUGGUAGUUAGGUAUGCUCAAUUUUAUGGAAUCCUUAGGACAAAGAACUCAUAAGCUCUCAUGGGUUCUAAGAUAACUAAUUGAUUGUUUGGAGUUACCCAUCGAUGCAGAAAAUUACUGAGUUACAUGGACAUACAAAUAGAGUGUUACAUAUGGCGCUUUCUCCAGAUGGUUCUACCGUAUGCUCAGCCUCUUCCGACGAAACCUUAAGAUUUUGGAAGGUCUUCCCUGGUUCUAGAUAUGAUAGACAUGAUUAUGAUGACUCGAAUCCGUUCACAAAACACAAAAGAGAUGGAUUAUCUUCAUAAAAUCUAUUCAUCAGAUGA